GAUACAGAGUUCUACAUGCGGACCUUCGGUCAUGUGCGCCCAGAGCCCCCUGGCCAGGCCAGGCUUGCCGCAGUGAAUGCCAACCCCUCCGGGUUUCUUGCCACCCACGGCCAAGUGGAGCCUCCACCACCCUCCUCCCCAGAGACCCUCGCUUUGCCCCCCCGGAUCCAAUCCCAGAAAAAGAGGAAGCGGCGCAUGUAUAAGGUGCCUACCUCUGGGACCUCGGACCGGGAGCCUCCGUUGCCCAGGUUACCGGGGCCCCGGACCCCAGGCCGUCACUCCAGCUCGUCGUCGGAUUCCGCGGACGCCAGCCCUGUACACACCUCUGGGCCUGCGGCUGCCUACCACUCGGCGUCAGCCGAGUCCAUGGACGAGAUUCCGGUGGCUCAGACGCGCCUAGGCAGCGCCGCUCUGGCCGCCGGAGUGGUCAGGGACCGAGGGUCUGGACUGGCGCUGCAGGCGCUUGCGUCAGCCGCUUUCGUGAGCCGGAGCAGCGGCAAGCCCGGGGCUCGGGGCAGCCCGGAGGCUUGUCUGGUGUAGCUGGGCAGAGAAUUAGGAUGGCAGAGGAGCGGCGGCACCGACUCUCUAUGCAACAACCCCACCCCGCCGCAACGAGUGCACUUUAGGGAUCCCUAGGGCCGGCAGGAUCGGCCUCCUCCCCCACGACUCAGUAAUACCCGUCCCACCAGCGAUGAUGCUCCAAUAAACUUUUUUUAUGCUUUUGCUGCCUUAGUGCAUACUCCCUUAAUGACAAGGGCCACGGGCCCUCCUGGAGCUGGACCACUGACAACCUAGGGGCAGUGAGUGACCUCCCAGAUUGUCAUUUGGAGAUACACAAAGACCUGAAAUGCUCAAGUAUGGGGCUCCUGAUUGGGAAAAGUCCUGGAAGGAUGCCUGGCGGUUAUUUUUCGUGAAGGUUUGCACUUGAGAGAAGGGGAAAAGCUGUCUUUGGGCUCUGGAGGCAGCAGCGAGAGCAGAGACUUUUAGGCUAAUAACAGGAUGGGGUGGGGAAUAAAUGAAGGCUGCGGAUCGAGAGGUCCAGGAGCUUUUCCCUGGAAGCAGAAUCAAUGUCGGUGUACCAGGAUUUUGAGGCCGGCACUCAUGAUUCGUUCAUUGUCUCCUCCUGCCCCCAGUGAUCUGGAGUUGUGGCGUGGGAUGUCACACGUUCAUUGGAAAGCUGUGGUCUUGAGUCAGCUCUAGACUCCACUAUCACUAAGUCAAAGGACCUUUCCUGCUCUGCACCGACACCAACCCCCUCCCUCCACCCCCGAAAAAAAAAAGUCUUCUAUUGCAGCUCUGGGAAGCAUGAUAUUCCCUGGAGGUGGGGACCAGCUUUGAACUUUGGGCAGAGUCCAGAACUACAGAAAUCUCGUCCCCCGGCUGGGUUGCGAAGGCCACUGAGCUGCAUCCAGAGCAGCGGGAUGAGACUAUCGCAGCAGCUCCGCCCCCGCAGAGCGGAGAGGGCGGGGUCGGGUGGGUGGAGCCAGCCUGACCUUGGUCACACUCCUGCCAGACAGCCCCGGGGGUGGGACUCACCGUCUCCAUGGAGACCGAGAAACAAGGGAUAAUACGGCGGAACCGCCCGGGCUGCAGUCCCGCCCCAGAGCCGGCAGGGAGCAGAGCUGCGGAGCCGCCCAGUCCCUCUGUCCAUUGUUGUGUCCUUCUGUCCAUCGAACGCCCGCUGCAGGAGCAGCCACGAGGUAGAAGCCGGGUGGCAUGGCAGCAAGCACAGAUGUGGCUGGGCUGGAGGAAAGCUUCCGCAAGUUUGCCAUCCAUGGUGACCCCAAGGCCAGUGGGCAAGAGAUGAAUGGCAAGAACUGGGCCAAGCUGUGCAAGGACUGCAAGGUGGCUGACGGAAAAGCUGUGACAGGGACCGAUGUCGACAUUGUCUUCUCCAAAGUCAAGGGGAAGUCUGCUCGGGUCAUCAACUAUGAGGAGUUCAAGAAAGCCCUAGAAGAGCUGGCACCCAAGCGAUUCAAGGGGAAGAGCAAGGAGGAGGCCUUCGAUGCCAUCUGUCAGCUGGUGGCAGGCAAGGAACCAGCCAAUGUGGGCGUCACUAAAGCAAAAACAGGGGGUGCUGUGGAACGGCUGACCGACACCAGCAAGUACACAGGAUCCCACAAGGAACGCUUUGAUGAGAGCGGAAAGGGCAAGGGCAUUGCUGGGCGGCAAGACAUCCUGGAUGACAGUGGCUAUGUGAGUGCUUACAAGAAUGCAGGCACCUAUGAUGCCAAGGUGAAGAAGUGAGGCCUGGGAAGGCCCCCCCGCUGCACCCCAGUGUGACUGCUCCUGCCAGAGGUUAGGCCUGGUCUUAAGGGGCAUGUGGAGCAGAAAGCCCGGUCCCCUCCUUGCUGGACCUGCCAACUAGCGCUUCCUGCUCAGCCCCACGGGGCCAGCCGAUGAGGCCUCUGAUCCAGACUGCUCUGUGUUCCCUUCCCCUCCUCUCCUCAACUUCUGUCUGUCUGGGGAGAGUCUGUGUCUAUAGCCUCCCCACCCCAACCUAGCCCCGGGCAUGGCUAACCCCUGCCUGCUUGCCUCAUAUUUAAGCUGCUGCUCUGGCCAAGUGCCUAAUUCCUACCCAGACCUCAAUAAAGACACCUUUUAUACCAAUA